CCCUUAUUCCCGAGCCACAAAUGGAUGUGCCGAAGUCUGUCUGAAUGAUCUUCUAUGUUUACACCUGAUUGGAGUAGGAAUAAGGUAGCUAGCUGAGUGGGUGGAACCUGUAGGAAUAUMUAUCUCAUAUUGCUGUCAGAUCUUUCAUUCUUGGAGCGUUCGUCCCAUUGGAAAUCGAGGUUUGAGGAACUUGGCUUCUCUAUUCAGCUUUAGCUAGCAUCUUCAUCUCUACCUCCGCAAUGGCGAAAAGCCCCGUCCGAGCUGCUGGCGUCCCCCACCCCUAUUGGCCGCGGGACCUGUCCAUCCCAGGCUACGUGGCGAACGAUAGAUCAAUGCAUGAGAUCCUGUCCUUCCUCUUCUCUGUGUCGGGUCUCUUCCUGCUGUCCACCUGGGUCCUGACGGGCCGGAAGUGGGCCAGGGAUGGCCGUGGUCAGGAGUUUGGGGUGGGCAGGCGGCUGGCUAUCUGCUGGUUUGCUGUCUGUGCAUUCAUCCACGGGGUCAUUGAGGGAUGGUUCUCUCUGUACUAUGACAUCAUCCCCUCAGACCAGAGCUUCCUGUCUCAGCUGUGGAAGGAGUAUUCCAAAGGAGACAGCCGAUAUGUCAUAGCUGAUAACUUCACGGUGUGUAUGGAGACAGUAACAGCCUGGUUCUGGGGUCCAUUGAGUUUGUGGACGUUGUUUGCCUUCCUGGCCAACAAACCAUGCCGCUUUGUCCUGCAACUCAUUGUCUCUCUUGGUCAGCUGUAUGGGGCGGUGCUGUAUUUCUACACUGAGCACCGUGAUGGUUACAGCCACAGUCAGAUGGGUCAUCCUCUGUACUUUUGGUUCUAUUUUGUCUUCAUGAACGUCCUCUGGAUCAUCAUUCCUCUGGUCCUCAUACUGGAUGCAUGGAGACACCUGCAGCAGGCCCAGACACACACUGACCUCGCCCAGAAGGAGAAGACCAACUGAUGAGCAGGGGUGGGUGGGAGAGCAGCAGAGGUGGGGGGGGGGGGGGGGGAUUAAAAAAAAAAAAAGGAUAUCAAAGUAGCUAGACGGAGAAAGGCAGAUAUUUUUAGCGCUGUUGAACAGAACUCUGAUUAAUAAUAGUAAUGUUUGUGAACUGACCAAACAAAAUAAUGUUGAUAGAUACAUGAUACAGUGUAUGUGUGGUUUGUAUUGAAUAUUUUUCAUAAUUUGUUGGAAUUAUGCAAUGUGAAUGUUUCCUUUUUCUAAACUGAUUAAACACAUGACGACA